AUGGCGCAGCCCGUCUGGGAAGGAAAGGUGGUCUGCAGGGAGGUGGGCAGCGGCUGCGAACGGGCGCCCGCGGGCAGAGAAGGGCCCCGAGACCGGUCCCCCGACUUCUGGCCCCCGUUCCUCGGAUCCCACCAGGCGGUAGUCGAUGGAGUCACACUGGCCCUGGCAACCCCUACCCCGCGGAGUCGGUUUGAGCCGCGCUAUACGAGGAUCCCGGCUCAUAGCCACCCUAUUGGACGUUCCUGGUUUCUGUUUCAGUUUUAUCUCCAUGCCCUUAUUCGUGUCUGUCCCACAUUGAAUCCCCAUCGAGUGACCAGAUCCACACGGGGUGCUAGCAGCUCUCUGUUCCUGGGAGUGGAAGGAGCUGCGGAGGAGCAUCUCAGCCCUGAAAAGUGGCAUGUUUUCUCCGCUCCGCAGUUCUGCCUCCUGGGGGCACUGCUGGCCCCCAUCCGAGUGCUCCUGGCCUUUGUCAUUCUCUUUCUCCUCUGGCCCUUUGCCUGGCUGCAAGUAGUGGGUCUAACGGAGGAGCAGCUUCAGGAGCCAAUUACAGGAUGGAGGAAGACGGUGUGCCACAAUGGGGUGCUGGGCCUGAGCCGUCUACUCUUUUUCCUGCUGGGCUUCCUCCGGAUUCGAGUUCGAGGUCAGCGGGCCUCUCGCCUUCAAGCUCCAGUUCUUGUUGCUGCCCCCCACUCCACUUUCUUUGACCCCAUUGUCCUGCUGCCCUGUGACCUGCCCAAGGUUGUGUCCCGAGCCGAGAACCUUUCUGUGCCUGUCAUUGGAGCCCUUCUUCGCUUCAACCAAGCCAUCCUAGUAUCCCGGCAUGACCCAGCUUCUCGACGUAAAGUAGUAGAGGAGGUUCGAAGACGGGCAACCUCAGGAGGCAAGUGGCCCCAGGUGCUGUUCUUUCCUGAGGGUACUUGUUCCAAUAAGAAGGCCCUGCUUAAGUUCAAACCAGGAGCCUUCAUCGCGGGGGUGCCUGUACAGCCUGUCCUCAUCCGCUACCCCAACAGUCUGGACACCACCAGCUGGGCAUGGAGGGGCCCUGGAGUGCUCAAAGUCCUCUGGCUCACGGCCUCUCAGCCCUGCAGCAUCGUGGAUGUGGAGUUCCUACCUGUGUAUCACCCCAGCCCUGAGGAGAGCAGAGACCCCACCCUCUAUGCCAACAACGUCCAGAGAGUCAUGGCCCAGGCCCUGGGCAUCCCAGCCACCGAAUGUGAGUUUGUGGGAAACAUGCCUGUGAUAGUAAUGGGCCGGCUGAAGGUGGCGUUGGAGCCGCAGCUCUGGGAACUGGGAAAAGUGCUGCAGAAGGCGGGGCUGUCCCCCAGCUGUGUGGACGCUGGGGCAGAGCCAGGACGGAGUCGAAUGAUCAACCAGGACGAGUUUGCCAGGCAGCUACAGCUCUCCGAUCCUCAGACAAUGGCUGGUGCCUUUAGCUACUUCCAUCAGGACGCCAGGGGUUUGGUGGACUUCCGCGAUGUGGCCCUCUCACUGGCUGCUCUGGAUGGGGCCAGGAGUCUGGAGGAGCUGACACGCCUGGCCUUUGAGCUCUUUGCUGAAGAGCAAGCUGAGGGGCCCAGCCGCCUGCUGUACCAGGACGGCUUCAGCACCAUCCUGCACCUGCUGCUGGGGUCGCCCCGCCCUGCCGCCGCCACUCUGCAUGCUGAGCUGUGCCAGGCCGGCCCCAGCCAAGGUCUCUCCCUCUGUCAGUUCCAGAACUUCUCCCUCCACGACCCCUUCUAUGGGAAGCUCUUCAGCACCUACCUGCGUCCCCCACAUACCCCGAGAGGCACCUCACAGAUAGCAGAUGCCUUGUCCCCAGGUGGCCCCACUGCUCUGGCUAAUGGGACUGUGCAAGCGCCUAAGCAGAAGGGUGACUGAGUACCUCGGCCCUCCUCACCUCAUCCUCCCCGGCUCACCACCUCACCCCCCACCCCACCCCGCCCCGCCGACUCAGGGCAGCGCCAGGGGCCUACCCUGUGCCUCAACCCAACCUCUGCCCCUGUUGGAUUUGUUUUUGUUUAAGUUGGUUUUAAU